AUGUCUUUGCACAUCAGUCGUCGAAGAAAAACAGAAAAAUUUUUAUGUUCCUUACCAGGAUUGAACCUGGGACCUUCUGGAAUGUCAUAUUUACAUGCGACUGACGUUAAAUUCCACGGAAGAUUAAGAUCUUCAAAAAUUUUCUUAGAUUCGAGGUUCACCGUAAAAAUCAGUGAUUUUGGGUUUUAUCCUACUUAUCAAUGUUGCGAAUACUUUGAUCCGAAUGAUAAAGAAAUCGAAAAUAAGAACAAUUUUUGUCAUAUAUCUCGUGAUUAUGAUAAUUCUAAUCAGAAGAAGGAAUUUAACCUUUCUCUCAAAAAUUCAUCGAUGAGAAAUGAAAAGGAUACAGCUAUCGUGCCCCCAUUUAUCUCGGAUAGGAAGACCGACUUGUUAAACCUAUUGGCGAGGCAUCUUGUUCACGGUUUAUGGAAAGCUCCAGAAAUCUUAAAGGAGGAGGAAAUUGGAAUAGUGGCAAAAACUGAACAGUUCGAGGUUCUCCAAAGAUGCGAUGUUUAUAGUUUCGGGAUCAUAUUAUACCAAAUAUUAGCGAAAUGUCGAUGGCCCUACAACAUAGAGUCACCGACAAUUGUCACCGCCAUAAAUGAUAAACAACUUAAGGGCCCUGCUAACCACAGGUUGGAAUCUGGCGGUGCUGAAAAUUUUUUGGCCACUUUCAAAAGGAAAAAGUCCUUUAAAACUCCCCAGAGUUAUGAUGUUAAUAAGCUGAUGUCUUGCGCUGAUCGGAUCUUCCAUUUAUUAAAAAAAAUUAAACAAAGCGCAGGGCCCAUCCUAAGACCCGAUGUGACUAUGGUAGAUGCCGAGAUCAAAAAUAGCGAUCUCCCUAAUGCCGUAAUUUUAAGGCAACUUAAGGAACUUAUGAUUGCCUGUUGGGCCCAAAAUUCCAAAUCUAGGCCUACUUUCCCUUGUAUAAAGUCACUUUUCAAGUCCAUAAUGAGAAACGACGCUAAACAAAAUAACAAUGUUAGUAGCAAUAACUCUAAAUUAUCAAGUUUCGACAAUGUCAUGGAGGUCCUGCUAAGCAGGAUGGAAAAAUACGCCAACAGUUUGGAGGUCAUGGUUGAAGAGAGAACGGAGGAUUAUCUGGAAGAAAAAAAGCGAUCCGAAAAAAUACUCUACCAAGUUUUGCCUAAAUCAGUGGCAGAGAUUUUAAAAAAGGGUCAAACGUUUGUACCCGAACAAUAUAAACAGGUGACCAUAUAUUUUAGUGACGUGGUUGGAUUCACCAGUUUAUCUUCCGUUAGCACACCGAUAGAAAUAGUAGAUUUUUUGAACGAUUUGUACACCUGUUUCGACGAGAUUAUAGAAGAAUACGAUGUGUAUAAAGUUGAAACUAUAGGAGAUUCUUACAUGGUUGCUGGCGGCUUGACAAAGAAGAAUACCGAGAAUAAGCAUGCAUAUGAGAUCGCCAAAUUAUCUUUGAAAAUCAUGCGGGCCAUGUCAACAUUCAAGAUAAAGCAUAAACCCCAAGAAAAUCUAAAAAUAAGGAUUGGGAUACACACAGGUCCCUGCGCGGCGGGAGUAGUAGGCGUCAAAAUGCCCCGUUAUUGUUUAUUCGGAGACACCGUAAACACUGCAUCUAGAAUGGAGUCUAACGGAGAACCUCAAAGGAUUCAUAUCAGUGAGCAGACUAAGAUGGCUCUCGACAAAUUCCAGGACACCUUUGUUACAGAACUCAGAGGGGAAAUCAAUAUUAAAGGUAAAGGUGUGAUGAAGACUUAUUGGUUAUCGAAGUAAAAUAAAAGGAACUCGUGGCAAAGGCGAAAAUAUUAUCUGAAUUUUUUUUUGUAAAUAUACAAAUUAGAAAUCUGUCCUCAAAAUGUAACUUGAUUCACUA